AUGCGUUUCAACGCAGCUGUUGCUUCCGCUUUGGUUUCUUCGGCCACUCUCAUGGGCUAUGCUCAUGCUGAGGAGGCUGAGAAGAACCCCGAUGCUACCUCUGUCGUCGAGAAGCCGACUUUCACCCCUACCACCCUCAAAGCUCCUUUCCUCGAGCAAUUCACCGAUGACUGGGAAUCUCGGUGGACACCAUCUCAUGCGAAGAAGGAUGACUCCCAAACGGAAGAGGACUGGGCCUACAUCGGUGAAUGGUCCGUUGAGGAACCCACGGUCUUCAAGGGCAUCGACGGAGACAAGGGUCUCGUCGUGAAGAACCCUGCCGCCCACCAUGCCAUCUCGGCGAAAUUCCCCAAGAAGAUCGAUAACAAGGGCAAGACCUUGGUUGUCCAGUACGAGGUCAAGCCUCAGAACUCCCUCGUUUGCGGUGGUGCCUACCUUAAGCUUCUACAGGAGAACAAGAAGCUCCACGCCGAGGAGUUCUCUAACGCCACCCCCUAUGUUAUCAUGUUCGGUCCCGACAAGUGCGGUGCUACCAACAAGGUCCACUUCAUCUUCCGCCACAAGAACCCCAAGACUGGCGAGUACGAGGAGAAGCACCUCAAGGCUCCUCCUGCUGCUCGCACCAACAAGGUCACUUCCUUGUACACCUUGAUUGUUCGUCCCGACCAGUCUUUCCAGAUCCUCAUUGAUGGCGAGGCUGUCAAGAACGGCACCUUGCUUGAAGACUUCAACCCUUCUGUCAACCCCGAGAAGGAGAUCGAUGACCCCAAGGAUAAGAAGCCCGCCGAUUGGGUUGACGAUGUCAAGAUCCCUGACCCUGAGGCCACCAAGCCUGAGGACUGGGAUGAGGAAGCUCCCUAUGAGAUUGUUGACGAGGAAGCCACCAAGCCCGAGGACUGGCUUGAGGAGGAGUCCACCAGCAUCCCCGACCCCGAGGCCGAGAAGCCUGAGGACUGGGAUGAUGAAGAGGAUGGCGAUUGGAUUCCCCCCACUGUUCCCAACCCUAAGUGCAAUGACGUCUCUGGAUGUGGCCCUUGGAGCCCUCCGAUGAAGAAGAACCCUGCCUACAAGGGCAAGUGGACUGCUCCUAUGAUCGACAACCCCGCCUACAAGGCCCCUGGGCUCCCCACCCCUUCCAAUUUCGAGCCUAUGGGCGCUAUUGGGUUUGAAAUUUGGACUAUGCAGAACGACAUCCUGUUCGACAACAUCUACAUUGGCCACUCCGCCGAGGAUGCUGAGAAGCUCCGCAAGGAGACCUUCGAUGUCAAGCACCCUGUUGAAGUUGCCGAGGAGGAGGCUUCCAAGCCCAAGAAGGAGGAGACUGCCCCUUCCACCAGUGUUAGCUUCAAGGAAGACCCCGUCACUUUCGUCCGUGAGAAGGUCGACCACUUUGUUGGACUUGCCAAGCAGGACCCUGUGAACGCUGUUAAGCAAGCCCCUGAGGUCGCCGGUACUUUGGGAGCCCUGGUUCUCUCGAUGGUCCUCAUCAUCGUGGGUGCCAUCAAGGCCAGCAGCCCCGCCCCUGCCCCCGUCAAGAAGGGUAAGGAGGCCGCAGGUGCUGCCAAGGAGAAGGCUAGCGAGGCUGUCAGCAGCUCUGCGGACACGGGUAAGGGCGGCGCCAGCAAGCGUACCACCCGUUCUUCUGCUCAGUAA